CCCCCCCUGCUGUGGCGCCAUAGUGGUUCCUCCCGGUGUUUGCGCUCUUCCGGAAGUGCCGGGGCUGUUGGGUUUCUUGAUUCCAGAGCCGUUGGUAUUUCUCUUGGCUUCUCCCUCAGCCGAAGCUUCUUCGUUGCCACUCAGAAUCCAACAGCCACCAUGUCAAGCAAAAGGGCAAAGACCAAGACCACAAAGAAGCGCCCUCAGCGGGCUACUUCCAAUGUGUUUGCUAUGUUUGAUCAGUCUCAAAUUCAAGAAUUCAAAGAAGCAUUUAACAUGAUUGAUCAAAACAGAGAUGGCUUCAUUGACAAAGAAGACCUGCAUGAUAUGCUUGCUUCACUUGGGAAGAAUCCAACUGAUGAAUACCUAGAUGCUAUGAUGAAUGAAGCUCCAGGACCCAUAAAUUUUACUAUGUUUCUCACAAUGUUUGGAGAGAAAUUAAAUGGCACUGAUCCAGAAGAUGUAAUCAGGAAUGCCUUUGCUUGCUUUGAUGAAGAAGCAACAGGCUUCAUUCAAGAAGACUACCUGAGAGAAUUGCUGACAACAAUGGGAGACAGAUUUACAGAUGAAGAAGUAGAUGAGCUGUUCAGAGAGGCACCAAUUGAUAAAAAGGGCAAUUUCAGCUACAUUGAGUUCACACGCAUCCUUAAACAUGGAGCAAAAGACAAAGAUGACUAAAACAGAACUCUUCCCUCUGCAGUUCUCUUUAGAUCUCACUUGCGGUUAUUUGAGGGUUUUUUUCCUGGUAGAACCUGUUGCAUGCAUUUAGCUUUACAGCUUUUGCCUUUCUUGAUGUAUUUAUCUAUACCAGGCCAUUCUGGCACACUUUGCACCUGUGUAAUCAGGCUGGCAAUAGGGAUUGCAAUUGUGAUAAAAAGAUUUGGAGGGCAGGACCAAUGACUGAGGGCCCAGGAAAAAAAAUCUCAAAUUUUCUGGUUUAGCUGGAUUUUUACAUUUUGUAAUAAUGCCAUUUUGAAAUAAGAUUGCUAUAUCAAUAAAAUACCUCAAAUGCUG